GUCGCUGAUCAGGGUCCCUCACGGGUCUGCUGGGAGAACCCAGAGAGCAGCGCCAGUUCCCGGGUGCAUGCACAGUUUGGUGGCUACUAACCCUGCCGGGCCUCCCACAAUGGAGGGCGAAAGCGUCAAGCCGAGCCCUCAGCCCACAGAGCAGGCCGGGGAUGGUGAGAAGAACCGGAGGAUGACCACUGUCAACCCUGCCCACAUGGGGAAGGCCUUCAAGGUCAUGAAUGAGCUGCGAAGUAAGCGGCUGCUGUGUGACGUGAUGAUCGUGGCAGAGGACGUGGAGGUAGAAGCCCACCGCGUGGUCCUGGCAGCCUGCAGCCCUUACUUCUGUGCGAUGUUCACAGGUGACAUGUCUGAGAGCAAAGCCAAGAAGAUUGAAAUCAAGGACGUGGAUGGACAGACCCUCAGCAAGCUCAUCGACUACAUCUAUACCGCGGAGAUAGAGGUGACGGAGGAGAACGUGCAGGUCCUGCUUCCAGCAGCCAGCUUGCUGCAGCUCAUGGACGUGCGUCAGAACUGCUGUGACUUUCUGCAGUCUCAGUUGCAUCCCACCAACUGCCUGGGGAUCCGCGCCUUUGCAGACGUGCACACCUGCACCGAUCUCCUGCAGCAGGCUAACGCCUACGCAGAGCAGCACUUCCCAGAGGUGAUGCUGGGGGAAGAGUUUCUGAGCUUAAGUCUGGACCAGGUGUGCAGCUUGAUAUCCAGUGACAAGCUGACUGUCUCCUCAGAAGAGAAGGUGUUUGAAGCCGUGAUUUCGUGGAUCAAUUAUGAGAAGGAGACCCGCUUAGACCACAUGGCAAAGCUGAUGGAGCACGUGCGGCUCCCUCUCCUACCAAGGGAUUACCUGGUCCAGACAGUCGAGGAGGAAGCUUUGAUCAAGAACAACAACACCUGUAAGGACUUCCUCAUCGAAGCCAUGAAGUACCACCUCCUGCCUCUUGACCAGAGACUCUUGAUCAAGAACCCCAGGACCAAGCCCCGGACCCCAGUCAGCCUGCCCAAGGUCAUGAUUGUGGUUGGUGGCCAGGCACCCAAGGCGAUCCGCAGUGUGGAGUGCUAUGAUUUUGAGGAGGGCCGCUGGGACCAGAUAGCCGAGCUUCCCUCCAGAAGAUGCAGAGCAGGUGUCGUGUUCAUGGCAGGCCACGUGUAUGCCGUGGGCGGGUUUAACGGCUCCCUUCGGGUGCGGACGGUGGAUGUGUACGACGGUGUGAAGGACCAGUGGACGUCCAUUGCCAGCAUGCAGGAGCGCCGGAGCACGCUGGGCGCGGCCGUGCUCAAUGACCUUCUCUACGCGGUCGGAGGCUUCGACGGCAGUACCGGGCUGGCAUCCGUAGAAGCCUACAGCUACAAGACCAAUGAGUGGUUCUUCGUGGCCCCAAUGAACACAAGGCGGAGCAGCGUGGGAGUGGGUGUCGUGGAGGGGAAGCUGUAUGCCGUCGGGGGUUACGAUGGGGCUUCCAGGCAGUGCCUGAGCACCGUGGAGCAGUACAACCCAGCCACCAACGAGUGGAUAUACGUGGCAGACAUGAGCACCCGACGCAGCGGCGCUGGGGUCGGGGUGCUCAGCGGACAGCUGUAUGCCACGGGGGGACACGACGGACCCUUGGUGAGGAAGAGUGUGGAAGUUUACGAUCCUGGGACAAACACCUGGAAGCAGGUGGCAGACAUGAACAUGUGCCGGCGGAACGCAGGCGUCUGUGCAGUGAACGGGCUCCUGUACGUGGUCGGAGGGGACGAUGGAUCGUGCAAUCUGGCUUCAGUCGAGUACUAUAACCCAGUCACAGACAAGUGGACGCUGCUGCCCACCAACAUGAGCACUGGGAGGAGCUACGCAGGUGUUGCUGUGAUUCACAAAUCCUUGUGACCUGAACUCCCUCAGCCAGGAGGUGGAGGAAGAAGCUGCAGGGCACUGCCUGUGGCAGCGGGACCACGACAAGUGAUGAGAUGGAUUGGGAGGCUCUGCCAUGGGUCGACAACUACCUUCAUUGUCUCGGCAGACCAACCUCAACCCUCUCCGCGUGGACACCGGUGACCCACCUUCUGCUCCAAGGUGCUUUGGAUUCUGCCCUAAACAGUUGAGUUCCUGACAGCCCCAGCAGCACCCUAGGGCGCGCACACUCGGGAACGUGUGCGCGCGUGAGUGCGUGCGUGUGUGCGUGUGUGCGUGUGUGUAAAACAUUUCAUUCAGUCGGGGCUGGACCUGUGUGAUUGUCUACUGGAUUUAUUUACUACUGAUCUUUCUACUAUGCUAAAACUUGUACAAACAUCUUUCUGGACUCACCCAGUGGGACCCUAGACUACUAAAGAUGCUGUCUUCUGGAGGUCCAGACAGAACUAGCCAAAAGCAGCAUUCUAACCGUAUCUGGGACCAUGACUUGACUACUGCAGCUGCGUGGAAGAGCAGGGGCGUCCUCAAAGCUGCUCUGCGGCCUCUCCCUGUGCCGCUGCCUCCUCCUCGACUGCACUCUAGGGGGCGGAUGAGAACGGUUUUGCCUUCACAUUUUGGCCUCUACUCCCCGAUGCCAUGAAUUCCAGAUUUGGAGGAUUUUGUGUCUUCUCAGCAGGGAAAAACAAACUCUUCAGACAAGCCCCAGGGAAAAAAACACUGGAGAGAAAUAGACAAGAAAAGCAAGCGGGCAAGCAAGUAAAAGAAGAAAGUGGUGGGACUGGUAAUAUGGCUCAGUGGUUAGGAACACUGACUGCUCUCCCAGAGGUCCCGAGUUCAAAUCCCAGCAACCACAUGGGGGCUUACAACCAUCCGUAAUGGGAUCCGAUGCCCUCUUCUGGUGUGUCUGAGGACAGCGACAGCAUAC